UGGUGCCGACGCUCGAUUCACUAGUUCGAGCUAGGAGGUGAUAUAAAGGCGUCAGAAAAGCGAGUCGGUCUGAUUUGUCCGUAACAUCUACCGAGAAACCAGCCUCAGAGCGGGAAAUCCGUUGCUGCCACACCACAUUUUACCAUCAUGGUGGUGUGGGCGGUGCUGAUAUUGGCAGCGGUCGCGUUGACCAAUGCAGCGGUACCAGAUCCACCACAAACUUCUGGUAUCACCACGAUCGGCUCCAAAAAAUUAGGUACUGCCGCCGAUUGUGCCGGAGUUGUCGCUUUCUCUGCCACCCAAGGAUCGAUAAAUGAAGCUAAGCUCAUCCUCGCCGAGACACUAGUGGACAAGGGAGUCGGUUACGCGGCGGAGACUGGGAUUUUUACCACGCAUUGUCCAGGCCUCUACCAAUUCAGCUUCGCCGGAUACGGUAGCACGGAUCUGCGGCUGACAUUGAAACGCAAACAGAACAAAUCCGAUAGUUGGACACCGAUUGUCAGCGUUGGUCCAGCCGGAGGAAGCAAUCUCGUCCUGUUGGACGUCGAAGCUGGCGAUCAACUUGCCGUCUUCGUUGAAUCCGGGAAGAUCACCGACGGAGCCAGCUUCACGGGUCACCGUGUUUAUAAAAAGUAAUAGCAGGGCCAUUAAAUAACAAUCUUGACGAAGGAUUCAAGAUCACCAUUAGGAAAACGAAAUUGAAAUGUUAUAAACUAAGACUGAGUCUAAACAAAUUGUGAUAUAAUAAUUUUGUAAAAAAUUUGGAAAUUAUUUAUUGUAUACUUUUGAAUGAUGACUCAUUUUACUUUGGAUUGAUAACAUUUUGGUUGUAUUGUUUAAAAUUAUCAAAUAUCUGAUUACAAGAUACUAAAACAUAAUGCCAUGCUGUGAGAUCCAGAAACUGCUAGAUUGUUAUUAAAUGCAUUUAAAAACACGUACAAAGAAGAAAAAGAGGAUUGAAACGCUUUUACAAAAUCCGAAUUUUUUUUUCUACAAACGAGAACUUUCUUGUGUGCUGAAUUAGAGUUUCUAAUUCGUAAUUCCGAAGCUUCUCGAUGAACUGUACGUUCUGUGAUAGCUAUUCUCUUCAUUCGUCUAAAAUUUCAUUGAUUUCAUAAAUUUCUUUAACUAGAAUGAUAAAUAUCUAAUCCAGCUUUCGCUUAGCAUUUCUUCCGCUUCGCUUUCUAGGGUUUUUUUGUUCGUAUUAACUUUCCCCUCAUCUCUUGAUACAUUUUACUCGAUAUUUUAUUGCUUCCUUAAUUUCUUCGCUAAAAUAACGCAAUUAAAGAACAACUUUCUCCACUCAAAAUUUACGUAUCCUUUUUUCAUACUUUUUUGAGAAUACUGUUACAUUUGUAACGCUUUCUAGUUUUUGUUAUUUCUUCUAUUUCUCUCUUCGCUAUCUUUCUUCUUUAUAAUUCAUUUUUCCACUCAUCUCUUUGCUAUUUUCGCUUUUUAUCAUUCCUUUAUUUUUAUUAAAACUUCUCUAUUUCUAUUUCACACAUUUCUAUUGGUUUCUGUUCCUAUUGUCUUUAUUUUUUCUUCUUUAUUUCCUGUAGAGUUAUUUUUGUCGAAAGUAAGCUUUUAGUCUGUCACAAAUUUAUCUGUUUAGUCCGUCAAUCUUUUUAUUUCGUUAUUGCGCUUCUAUAAUCUUUAGAAAGAUUUGUACUAUUUUUGUUCUUAUCAUCUUUCCGCUAUCUUAACAUAUCUCUUUUAUUCUUUUAUUUCUUCAUUAGAAUUUUCUUUCGCUUUAUCGAAUUUAUUAACAAUUUCUACUCCUACUAUCUUUAGUUUCAUCAUUUCCAUUUGUUACUUCUACUAACUUUCAUUUUAUUACUUCCGCCAUUCUUACCUCUUUUAAAUUUAUUUUUUCGUUUCUUCAAUUUCUUGUCUUCUGUUCCUGUAGAAAAAAAAAACAUGUGCUACAUCUUCUUUUCUGAAUUUCUUUCGCUCUUUUCUGUAUCCCUUUCUAUUGUAAUAUAUUCUUAUAACUUUAAUGAAUCAUUAUAUUGUUUCCUUUUAGCCCAAUUCAGUCUUAAAUCUAGUCUAUGUACAUUGCUUGUUCCGUCUCUCUUUUCGUCUUAAAUAUCUAUCUUUCAAUCUAUCAUCUGCGUAUCUGUCAACUGUCUCUUUCACUUCGUUUCUAUUAUAUAUAAAUAUCAAAAUCGUCUGCUAUCACAGGCAGUUACGUCGGAGAGAAGAUUUAUAAAACUGAACUUAGAAAAUGAAGAAAAAAUAAGAAAGACAGAUUGCGGCAAUGAAGCAAGAGAAGUACCGAUUGCCUAUACAGCAAUAGAGAACGCGCGCGCGCGCGCGCAUCUAUAUAACGAACAGUGCGAUUUAUUUUUUUGUAACUUUAUUAAAUCAAUGUAAGAAGCAUUAACGUGAUAAAUAAAGUUGUAAUUACAUAUUUUUUUAUCACCAA